GGACAAGUCAGAUACUUCUCUGGACAAGUCCUCUGCUAACAAGUCCCUCCUCUUUCUACUUAGAGCUGCCAACACAUAAGCUUCCAUACCAUAGCAGUACUACAAGUUGUGGAAAUCGAAAAUCGAGGCUGACAAAACUAAAUAGAGAACAAUUGCUGGUGCAUUUAAUUUAAAAAAAAUUGUCAUGGAAGCUCAGUUAAAGAAGGAGUUGUCAACAUCGAUACUGAAGUCUACUGGCCAUUCAGGUGGUGGCUGCAUCAGCGAGGGCCAGAGUUAUGAGACUGACAACGGAAGAGUGUUUGUGAAGAUAAAUCACAAGAGUCAGGCCAAACUGAUGUUUGAUGGCGAGAUGGCAAGCUUGGAUGCAAUCCUUAUGACAGAAACAGUUCAAGUACCCAAGCCUGUGAAAGUGAUUGAAUUUGACACAGGAGGUACUGCUUUUGUCAUGGAGCAUGUUGACAUGAGAGGACUUAACAAGCACUCGAAACAGCUGGGAGAGCGUUUAGCUGACCUGCAUCUCCACAACCAGAGACUGAGAGAUAAACUAACUCAUGAGCAGCAGACAGUUGGUAAAGGAGCUGGACAGUCAGACGUACCUGUCGUUGACAAGUUUGGCUUUCAUGUGCCCACAUGCUGUGGGUACCUGCCUCAAGAGAAUGAGUGGCAGAACGACUGGGUGACAUUCUACUCUCAGCAGAGACUACAGCACCAGCUUAACAUGGUCGAGCAGUCUUAUGGAGACAGGGAGGCCACAGAGCUUUGGGCCCAGCUGCAGCUGAAAAUUCCCCAGAUGUUUGCGGAUGUAGAGGUGUUUCCUGCUUUGCUCCAUGGAGACCUGUGGGGAGGCAACGUGGCCGAGUGUUCAGAGGGCCCUGUCAUCUUUGACCCAGCCUCCUUCUAUGGCCAUGCAGAGUAUGAGCUGGGCAUUGCAGUGAUGUUCGGGGGCUUCGGUAGCUCUUUUUACUCAGCUUACCAUGAAAAGAUCCCCAAAGCUUUGGGUUUUGCUAAGCGGAAUCAGCUGUAUCAACUCUUUCACUACCUAAAUCACUGGAACCACUUCGGUGGAGGCUAUAGAGGUUCCUCGCUGAGAAUCAUGAAAGACCUUGUUAAAUAAUGUGCAACAACUUGCUUAAACCCCACAAAGUCUUGGCCCAUGCAGAGGCCGAUUAUCUGACGCAAAACACUGUAGUGAAUACUGAAUUACUACAACUUUAAAUGAAUGAAGGAACAAAUAAAAGAAACAGAUGCCACUGUUGUACAGUACAGUAAUCUGAGAGCAGGGAAACAUCUAAAACAUGCAGGACUGAGGCUCUCGAGGACCAGGGUUGGCCACCCCUAUAAGCAAUUUGAUUAUGAGAAUUUGUAAAGAUUAUUACAAUACCUUUCAGUACUGUAACAAUACCUAACAAUUCACUGACCAACAGUUUUACUAGAUGUCCUUUCCUGCAGGCCCUUCACUUGUUAGUUUUGGAAUUUGUUGUCAAUGCAGUUUAUCCAAUUCAAUAAAGCACUUAA